UUUGUGUUUGCGCUCAAAGUACGUGUGUCAUAAUGAAGAUUCAUUUCUCAGUUAUUAGUGCAGUAUAUGUUUUAUAUAUUAUAGAGUCUACAAGUGCUUCUACAGUUUCCAGAGAAAAGUGUGAAAGUGAAAAUAAGGAAUGCAAGCCUCUCAGCAGCUGUCGCCAGUUUAUUGCAAAUUUAAGUGAACUUAUUAACAUAUUACCAUAUUGCGAUGCUGAUAAUUAUAUUGUUUGUUGUCCUAAAGAAACGAAAGAAACUGAGAGCAAAUUCACAUCUUCUGGACAUAUGGAAGUAUUCGAGAAAGAAUGUUCCAUUUUUAAUGAUGAAAAUCAAAAAUAUUGUACCUUGCAUCCAUUUAUUAUUGAUGGAACAAAAGCAACAGGAAAAGAAUUUCCACACAUGGCAUUAAUUGGUAACAAAUCUAAUAAUGGGAUAGAUUGGCAAUGUGGGGGUGCACUUAUCAGUCGAAAUUAUGUACUUACAGCAGCGCAUUGUUAUGAUGAACCUAAGUUAGAGCUUUAUGUAGUAAGACUGGGUGAACUUGACUACAAUGUUAGUACCGAUGAUGCUAGUCCACAAGAUUUUAAUGUCAUAAAUUUUAUUACACAUUACCUAUACAGUGAAGAAGGAAAUGACAUUGGGUUAAUUAAACUGGAUCGCUCAGUAGAUUUUAAUUCUUAUAUAAUGCCUGCCUGCCUCCCAUAUGACGAAAAAGAUCAAUAUUCAGAGUUAACGGCAGCCGGUUGGGGAGCUACUGAAUUUGCUGGCAAGAAAUCAUCGCAUUUACUAAAAGUUUAUUUAAAAACAUUGGACAGUUCGAACUGUGAUGACUCAGAUCAAGAUUUUAACAAUAGCACAGAGAUAUGUGUAGGAUCACGAAAUGGUAAAGGUGAUACAUGCCAAGGCGAUUCUGGUUCACCGAUAUUCAUCGAACAUCCAAAAUAUAAAUGCAUGUUCAUGUUAAUUGGUAUAACUUCACAUGGCAUUGGAUGUAAAGGUUCUGGAACUUACACAAAAAUACAUUUAUAUGUGAAAUGGAUUGAGUAUAUUGUAUGGAAUACAACAAGUCCCAUUUAAGCGCUCUUAAAUUAAUAAAUGUCAAUUUUUGUAUUAACAUAAAAGUAAUUCUCAUUUACAUUUAUUUGACUAGAUCGUUUUUAGUAAGAAUGUUACUACAGCAAUUUAAAUUGAC